ACACUGGCGUGCAAGUUCUUGUGUUUUGUUAAAUGAUGAAAAAAUUAUCAAUUCGAGUUGUAUAAAUUCAUUUCAAGUUGACCGAUCUUUUUUAUGACAGUUGACCGUGCGACUGUGACUUAUGUUAGUAGGAAAUUUUUGCUAUUUUGAGGCUGUAAACUGCGUUUGCUAGAUUUUAAACCAGCGCAUAUAAGAUCGCUUUAGCUCUGAGAACUGUAAAAGAAGUGCUAUCAGUUUCUUCUAACCUCAAUAAAAAGUUCUGCUCCUUAAUCCGAGACUACAGUUCCGACAGCUUUCUUAUUUGUCGGGGUUUCCUGGAAUUCGAUUAUACUUUGGGAAGUUCAGUUCUUAUAUGAUGGCAAGAUUUUAUCAAUGUUAAUUUUUUGCGAGUACAAUAUGCAUGCUCAAAUUACCAUCAUUUCAAGAGUAAAAGGAUAAGUUCAUUGUACUUUUUCGUGAACAAAUUCGGGUAACUUGAACUGCCGAAAGAUAGUGGUCCUAUUUGAGAAGCCGGAUAACGCGAAGAUGAGAGGUUAUUCUUUUUGAGAGAAAUUAAUUGUUCUCCUUCUUUUUAUUUGAAUUAAAGCUCAGCGUAGGUGCUCUUCGAGGCAUUUCUAGCGACAAGUUUUUUGAAAACAGGACAAUCACUCCGUAACCUUUAUCGAAGAUACGAAAGACAAGCAAAUUAAACUAUUGUUUCUUAUGGAUUACUAACCCAUUUAGGUGUUUGAACUGUGUUCAUAAUCGCAGAUAAAGCAAAGAAACGAUACACUGUUCCUGAAAACAGUGUUCACACGUAAAUUACAACUAGUUAUUGGUCAUAUUGGUUUUGUAACCAAAGAAGAAGUAACCAAGAUGAAAGCUGCUGAGACUGUCUUCUCGAUUGAACAUGCCGUUGAGCUGAGGAGGCGUGGCGUAGCCCUUGGACGCAAUGACCCCGGAGACCUAGUGCUAUGCAUGGACCCCAGCAGGAGCUACUUCCGCUUCGUGGUCCUUGUGUUCACGUGUGUGAUGUCAUUUGGCAACUAUUAUUGCUUCGACAUGCCCAGUGUGCUGCAGAAUGAUUUUCAGGCACCCAGACAUUGUCCCCCUCCCCCGUCUACUCCAGCUCCAGAUUAUAUGGAUUCCGACAAUUCUACAGCCUGCACCACAGGCCUGGGAAUGACAGCUCAGCAGUACAAUUUGCUCUACGCCAUCUACUCGUGGACUAACGCUUUAGUCGUCUUAUUCUCGGGCUUCUUCAUAGACAGAUUCGGAAACAUGGUCGGAGCUCUAGUCUUCAGUUGUCUGUGUCUGGUGGGCUCUUCCGUCUUUGCAUUUGGUGCUACAAUCGAGGAUUCCAAUUGGAUGAUGGUGUGUAUGCUGGCCGGAAGAUUACUCUUCGGAGCCGGCGACGGUUCCGUCACAAUAGUUCAAUAUCGUAUGUGCUCUAUGUGGUUCAAAAACAAAGAACUCGCCUUCGCCUUCAGCAUGAAACUGGUCGUAUCUCGACUUGGCAGUACUCUCAACUUUCUCCUCACUAACCGGAUCGUGUCCGAAAUCGGAGUCUGGCAAACCCUUUUCUGUGGAGCCGGAUUGUGCGGAUUGGGUUUCCUGUCAGCAUUCUGUGUCGGGUUUCUAGACCGACAGGGAAUGAAAAUAUGCAACAAGAGGAAGAUAUUAGUUAGCAGUGAUCACGUGAACGAGGGCAGCACGGGCGCGGGUCUGGUGCAAUUGGGACAUAUUUUGAAGUUGCCCAAAUUGUACUGGUUGAAUGCCGGAGCGAUUGUGUUCUUCUACUGUACUCUGUUUCCAUUCGUGGCUGAUUCGCCAAUGUUUGUUGGAGAUCAAUACGGUUUUGACAACGACAAGGCCUCAGUCACAGCCGGUGCCCUUUAUGACGUCAGUCUGUUCUUCAUGCCAGUCGCAGGAGCACUCGUGGACUACUUCGGAUUCCGGGGAUUCCUCUGCUCGUCGGCACAGCUCCUCACCAUACCAGUGUUUGUCAUUUUUGCCCUGGACACCUCAAUCCAGCCACUGACAAUGUUCAUUUGGUACGGAGUGACGUACUCAUUGACUGCAUCGGUGUUAUGGGCUUGCAUACCUUUGAUUGUCGACCCGAGUAUAGUCGGUACAGCUAUGGGGUUGACUUCAUGUGUUCAGAUGCUGGGAAUUGGAACGUCUAAUAUGAUUGUCGGUGCUCUUUUGGGUCACAAGACGGACACAAAUGAAGGCACUCAGUGGGAGAUCAUCAUGCUCUACUUCCUAGCCACCACCUGUAUCUGCUGCCUCUUCUGUUUCCUUCUUUCUCUCAGUGACCUCUGUUUCGGAAACAGGGUGCUCAACAGGGGCAAACGGGUCCAGUCUGUCAACUACACCAGAAACAUACACAUCAAUUCAGGCGUAGAUGAAGUAGAUGAUUCGGUCAGGGACUCAACCGAGAAUUCGAGGUCCUCAAAGGAGGCACUCACAGAACAAGAAGACACGCAAACUUUCGAUUAUGCUAACAGUAAAGUCGUCCAAUUGAGAUCGGACUCUACGUAUUCACGUUUACAUGAGCAACCUUCGGAAAAUUCACAAGGCCGAACGAUUAAAAUUAGCGAAAAUUCGAUAUCAACAGUGAAUGAAGAUCAAGAAAUGAGUGCUUAGAUAUUUUACCAAAAUAAAUUGGACAAAGCCGAGCUGAACAAAGUUAAAAACCUUUUUCUAUUCUUUAUUUAAAAAAACUUAUGUUUAAGUAAUGAUAAAAUUAUAGUUAGUGCUAAAUUAUAUUUGUUUUAUUCAAAUUAAGUAUCAUUGUUCCGAUUAAUUGAAAAAUCAGGUAUCACAAAUAAUCAGCGGAAUCUAAGAAACUAUAAAAGCCCUUUUAGACGUGAUUCGAACAACUGUAUAAAAAAUUGGAAAAAAUUUCUCAGCGUCGAGAAAAACCGGUUUGAAAUUUUUGGUCUAAUUUUGAGCUAAUAAAAUCACAAUAUAAAUUCAAAAUUUUAGUCGUCUUUCAA